UCGUUUCCGGGGCGGUGCGGGGUGGAGGAGGGCUCCGGAUGGGUCGCAGCCGCAGCCGCUCCCCGCGGCGGGAGCGUAGGCGGUCCCGGUCCACGUCCCGGGAGAGAGAACGCAGGCGCCGAGAAAGGUCCCGGUCCCGGGAGAGAGAUCGGAGAAGGAGCCGCUCUCGAUCCCCGCACAGAAGACGCUCCAGAUCCCCAAGACGACAUAGAUCCACAUCUCCUUCCCCUUCUCGAUUGAAAGAAAGAAGAGAUGAGGAAAAGAAAGAAACAAAAGAAACAAAGAGCAAAGAGCGUCAGAUUACUGAAGAAGACUUAGAGGGCAAAACAGAGGAAGAAAUAGAAAUGAUGAAGCUAAUGGGAUUUGCCUCCUUUGACUCCACCAAAGGGAAAAAGGUGGAUGGCUCUGUAAAUGCUUAUGCCAUAAAUGUGUCUCAGAAGAGGAAGUACAGGCAGUACAUGAAUCGAAAAGGUGGAUUCAACAGACCUUUGGAUUUCAUUGCAUGAGAAUUGAAAUGCUGAAAAAUGAUUUUUUCCCCUCAUCUUGAUUAGAAGAAGUGGAUUUUGUAUUUAAUAAGCAUCAAAAACAGGAUCACAGUCCUUCAGCCUUGGAAAGUAAGAGAAUUCUAUUUAUGAUGUGUGUACUUCACUUAUCCUGCCUCAAAAGAAGAAAAGUUAAAACAUUACAUUUUUUUCUUUUAGGAAAUAUCACUUGGGGCAAUCAUCAACCCCAUUUUUUUUGUCCUUAUUCCUAUGGAAGCUAUAUGUGUUUUCUUUUCGGACACUCUUUAGGACUUUUUAAAACACAUAAAAGUAAUUGGGAUGUAUGUUUCUCAAAUAAAGCAAUAUUUCUACCCUUUUGUA